CGGGUAACCAUGACUACCGUCUGCCAGGGCUGCACUCUCAACAGCUCCCUGGCUCCCACAAUCAGGGCAGCUGAAAGACAGCAGUAGGGACAGAGCUAUUGAACAAGAGAGGUGUUUGAACAGCAAGGGCCUGUGGAUUCAGUCUGUGACGGAUGGACUUGGCCCAGCUAUGGGUGGGUGAGGACCGCGGCCUCUCCCACGUGAAAGGCAGUGAUGACUGGGGUGAUGAGUUAGGAGGACUGAGUGUUAAACCCUUCAGUCAUUCCCUCAUCCCGCUCAGAGACUCUAGUCCACUCGUCCUCGCCGAUCUGGACAUGUGGGACAGCAGGUCUCACUUUAAAUCUCAGUCCUCAGCAUGGAGUCUGGCAUGUAUGACUGGAGGGUUCCUCUCCAAAAUGAGCACCAGCACCUCCGCUAAUGGCAGAGAUGGUGGCUUUAGCAGACAGAGUGACCCAGGGCUGGGUAAAAGAAGAUGGCAGUCGAUGUCUCGCCUGGCCCCUGAGGGUGCCCCCCGGUCCCUCUCCCCUGUCUCCCCAGGGGUUGAGCUGAGAGCAGCCCUGGAAGAGAGUGGCUUUAGGCGGGCAGAGCUGGUGCAGAGGCUGCGGGAGGCCCAUGGACGUCUUGACAGCCAGACAGACCUGCUGAAGAACAGAGACACACAGCUGCAGCAUAGUAGUAGUACUGCACAGCUGCUGGAGAUGAAACACAAGCAGCUGGCAGAUGCAGUGAGUGCUCUUGAGCAAGAGAAGGAGGCAGCUGAGUUGAGCCGGUUUGAGGAAAGCCGACGUCGAGGAGAACUGCAAGACAAGGUUCUUCAACUGGAGAUGGACAUGUUGAAGAUGAGAUCGUCUCUUGAGAGAGGGAGUGUUAUCAAACCUGCGGCCCCAAGAACUAACAACAACCCACUCAGCAGGACCUUACCUGUUACACAGGUAGACUUCUUCAGAGAGGGGAAGCAAAAGGCAGAGAGAGAGCUGUCCAGACUGAGAGAAGCCCUCAGAGAGGCCGAGGAGAGAGCAGAGGCCCUGGAGACAGAGAGAGACCUUCAGCAACUACACACCUCUAAAGAGGCUCAGAGGACAGUUUUGAGCCAGACAGAGGAAGUGAACCAGAGAUUGGGUCGUGCCUUGCAGACCCACAGUGAGCUGCAGGACCAGCUGAGUGAGACACGCAUUAAGCUGGGUCAGGCCACUCUGGAGAGGGACCUUCUGACGACCAAGGUGUUGCGGCUGGAGGACAGUGUGGAGGACCUGAAGAUCAAGCUGACCGGGGCCAUGUCUGACAAGGACCGCUUACUGCAGGAGAAGGCAGACCUGCACCAGCACGCUCAGGAUCUGGAGCUGCAGUUGGAGAGGGCCCAGAGAGGCAGGGAAGGCUACACAGACCAGGUGUGUGAGCUCAGCAACCAGCUGGCUGAGGCCAAGGCCCAAACCAACAGGCAGGGGCAGGAGACUGUGCAGAUGAAGCAGGAUCUUCUGACUGUGACAGAGAUGAAUGAAAAGAUGACAUCAGAGCUGGAGAUGGUCAAACAGAGGCUGGAGUCCUCAUUGGCUCAGCUGCAUGAGCUGGGGGCGGAGAGAGUCAUCCACACCAAUCAGAUCGCAGCUCUGGAGACGGAGCGCUCGCAGCUGAUUGGAGAGAAGGAGGAGUUAACGAGUGCUAUUGGACGGGAUGGAAGACAGGAGGAGGAAGUGACAGAGUUGAGGGAGAGUUGUUGUCAGCUCAGUGAAUCCCAGGAUGCCUUGGAGUCAGAGAACCAGAGGCUGCACGAAUGCUGCCUGAAGUUGGAGGCGGAGCUCCUGGAAAAGGAGGAGGGGCUGUGUCAGAAGGGGGAGGAGCUGCAGCGGUUGGAGGCUGAGUCGGCUCAGAACAUGGAGGAGCUUAGGGGUGUGGCCUCACACUGGAGCGAGAAGUGGCAGGAUGUGGCUAUGGCAUUACAAUCCACCCAGGCAGAACUAGAGGAACUCAGAGAGAAGAACCCUGGAGAUACACUUCAAGAGGAGGUGGUACGGCUGAAGGUGGAGGUUGAGAGACUUCAGACAGAGGGACAGAGAGACAAGGAAGAGAUUCAGACUCUUCAUCUGCACAGGGCCAGUAAAGACGCAGAGCUGAGCGGAGUCAUUAAAGAUGCUGGCUCUCUGCUGAAGGUAGAGCUGGACGCUUGUAAACAACAGUUGGAGCUGGAGAGGAGUCGGAGUCAGGCUCUACACAACAGACUCAAAGUUAAAGGCAACCCUCAUAUCUUGGGUAGGGGAACGGUAGAAACGUUUGAUAAAGGGACAGAGACAGAUAUACCACCACAGACACGGGAUGAACAGGUCUCGCUGGAGGAGCUGGGACAGGUGUCACAGCUAAAUAGUGAACUUCAGAGGCUGGAGCUGGAAGUGGCAGAGCGAGAGCAGCAGCUGAGGGAGAAGGAACAUGCUCUGAGGAGUCUGGAGAGACUGAGAGAUGCCGAGAAGACAGAGGCACAAAUCAAGGUUUCUACACUGGAGUUGAAGUUGAUUAACCUAAAGGAGCAGGCCGGUGGAGAAGGUCAAUGUAAUGGAGGUCAAGAAAAAAUGCAGCACACUGACUCAUUGAGGUCUCAGCUAGAGGAGAGCAGGAGGAGAGCCAAUCAGCUGCAACAGGAGAGAGACCAGGCAGUUCAGAGGCUACAGACUCUACGCCAGCUACAUCAGGCUACAGAACAGAAAGCAGCUGCUGGCAGCAAGAAAGAGAAAACGGUUUGUGUGGAUAACAUAGUGAACCAGGAUCAACAGAGAAGACUGGUGACAGAACAGCUGAAGAGUCUAUUUAAGGAGCGUGAGCAGUUGGGUCAGGUCUAUGGCAGAUCAGCAGGAGGAGGAGGAGGAGGUCUGCAAGACUGGGCACCGAAGUCGAAGGUCAUCAAGAACUCCCUUGACACAUUACACAGCCAGAGGAAGAGAGAGAAGGAGCUGAUGAGGAAGCAGCAGUUUGCGGGACUGGGGCCUGUGUCUGAGGAGCAGGAAGAGGAGGACGACCCAGAGAGGGAGGUGGAGGAGGAGGAGGUGACUCGCCUUAGGGAGGAACUCCACAGCAAGACUCACGCGAUGUCAGCGAUGAGUGUGGAAAUCAGCAAUCUGAAAGAGAGAAAUGAAAACCUCCAGAAAGCCAAGCUAAGGUUCCAGCCACAGAUCCAAGGGUUAGACACCACAGCGUCUAACUGUUUAGAGAAGACCACGUCAGAGAGUGGGGAGCCUCUUCUAUUGGAGAGAGACAUGCAGCGGGGAUCAUCAUCACCACCACCCCGCUGGGAAGAUGGAAUGUUCCUGGCUAGGCAGGUGCAGAUCGGCAGCCCUGAACUUGAGGGGGAGGAAGAGGAUGGAGGCUGUGGCUGAUGCAUACUACAGAUGGGUCAUACCUGGUCCUAAUUUUCUCCCUACCCCCUUCCCCUUGGCGCUUAACUACUUCAAGGUUGUCAGAUCUGAAGCAUCUAUAUACGUAGAAGCAGUAUUGUUGUAGAGCUUCCACUAUAUUGCUUCCACCCCUACAGACCUGCAAACAUUGAAGCUAAUGGAGUCCUCCGUCUUUGUGUGAAGUCUGACUAUAGUCAUGCAGUGAUACAAAUCCUAAAAAGGUCUUACAAACCAGUGUUAAUGUCAAUCUACUGAUUAGUGGUUGUAAAAUGUGGUGCUUUUGUUGAUGAUUAACGAUGAAACAGGAAGUGAAAUGUGUUCCAUUUGAUAAUAGUGAGAUGAUGACAAAAGAGGAUGAUUUUCUAUAAUACGCCUACGCUAUAUAAGCUAAUGAUCCAAAUGCAUACAUAUAGGGCUGUGUAAUAGUAGCAAUGUUAAUGUGGCUAAUGCAUACAUAUAGGGCUGUGUAAUAGUAGCAAUGUUAAUGUGGCUAAUGCAUACAUAUAGGGCUGUGUAAUAGUAGCAAUGUUAAUGUGGCUAAUACAUAAAAACUAAAAUGUUACCACAUACAACAUAACAUUUCUGGAGGUUUGUGAUUUCCUCAUUUUGUUGUAAUUAAAAAUGAUUGCGUUUAAACUCA